CUCAAAAAAAGCCCAAAGCAAAAUUUUGAACCCAUUUCAUUUUAUUUUAUUUUAUUUGAAUAAUUUGGCUUUUGCCAAGAGUAUUUUCCUCUUAAAAAUAUUAAUCAAUCGUUAAGCUUAGGUUACGUAUAAUUUAGUGAUUCCGAGAUAGUUGCUUGACUGUGGGCUGAGUUCUUCAAGUUUUGGCUCCAACAGCAGCAGUGGUCGUAAGAUAAUGGCAAGAACAAAGACACAAGCGGCACAUACAAAAGUCGCAAAAAAAAAGGAUUUGGAGGAAAUUGUCAAACAAAAAAUUGCUGCAAUGGAAAAACAAAUGCUAGAAGUGUUAGAUAAAAAGAAAGAAGAAGAUAUGCAGGAGCUGGAGUUGCUUUUGCUCAGCAAGAAAUGUAAAUUUCCAAAAAAGCUAUGGCUCAAAACUAUUGGCGAAAUUGAAAAUUCAGAAGUUGACAACAGCGAAUUGUCCGUCACUACAGUAGAUCAUACCACAUCAGUCUUUGAGUCAUCUCAAGCUACUCGUUCAAUGAGAAAGAAAACCUCUCAAAGUGCUACUCGAAAUCGCAGAAGUGUAUCAGCAUCUGUUGGAGAUGAGGGUUAUUCAACAUGUGACAGUGGUCGUGCUACUAAUUCAGGUGGCCAGAAACAAUCCGCAAGGCAAUCGAGGUCCAGGACUAAGACUGCACAAGUGCGAGUAUCCAGAUCUCUGUCAAAAACUGCCAAAUCUAAAAGUAGUGCCUAUAAGACUCCUGUUAAUAAAGCUCCCAUACCUAAAACUGGAACUAUUACUCCAAAGUGCAAAGUUGGUACACCUUUGAUGUACGUACGUCGACCAAAGAUAGGUGAAAUGGCUUGGUCGCACCAAGGUUCUCCAUUAAUGGUAACCAGUACUGUGGUUAAUGAAGAGUCCGCAAACGUUAACAUUCCAGUUGGCGACCAGAUUCUUUCUUUGUUGCCCACAAGAGGACCAAUGGAGGGGAUGGAGCUUCCUCCUAUAGAGGACCAUACAGUACGGCAAUUGGUAACCUUGAGGGAUAAUUUAAUCACGUUUUGUAAUCAAUUCAAAUGAGAUUAAUAUAGGUAUUUAGGUUAAUUAUUGUAAGUUAUUUUUGUAUUUGGAAUAUUUUGUAUUAGAGGACAUUUUUUCAUAUUUUGUGUAAGUUGCAUUGCAUUUUUUUUUGUAUUCAUGUACUAUUUGCUUGUAUUUUUAUAAUAUUUCUUCUAGUUUGUAAAGUCUGGCAAUAAAUCCUCAAAAUAUG